GCAGCCGGGUGGGCGUGGGGACUCGGCGGAGACCGGCUGCAGGCAGGGUCCCGGGCUGGAGUCGGAGAGGAGCGCGGUGGGCGCAGACGUGACGAGGGUGCGAAUAGCCGGGCGGCAGGGCGGCCCCGGAAAGCGGGGAGAGACCCUCGCCCCGCCAGGUGGAGCCGGAGCGAGCGCGGCGCGGGCGGAAGGGAGGAUGGCGAGCCGGGACCCGGGCGCCGGGGAGCGGUGCUCGCUGAGGCGGCUCCGCCGGAUCCGAGGGGAGAGCAGCCAGGCGGAGAGACGGGGCCGGGCGGCCAGCCGCGGGCCCGGGAUGUGAGGCAGGGGAUGCGGGGUGCGGGGCUGGGCGCGGGGCCGGGCCAGCCUGCGCCGGGGACGGAGCUGCAGGAGGCCGCAGGGCCAGCGCGCCGCCGCCGCAGCCGAGGACCCAGGGUAGGGGUGGACGAGCAGGAGCCAUGGUAAUAAAGAAGAGGAAACCUGACCAAUUAUUGUGGAGUAAUUUGGAAGAAGAUGGAAAAAACCUGUUUGAUGGGUGCUGCCGGCUGCUGGGACAGUAGGCUCACCAUGGGAGAGCUUGCACACUUGAGCAAGUUGAGAUGUGUGUCAGGUGGUUAAGGGAGUGGCGACUGCGCUGAGACAUGGAUAGAUGCAAACAUGUAGGGCGGUUACGGCUGGCCCAGGACCACUCCAUCCUGAACCCCCAGAAGUGGCGCUGUCUGGGGUGCGCCACCACCGAGUCGGUGUGGGCCUGCCUCAAGUGCUCGCACGUGGCCUGCGGCCGCUACAUCGAGGACCACGCCCAGGAGCACUUUGUAGAGACCGGACACCCGCUGGCCAUGGAAGUCCGGGAUCUCUACGUGUUCUGCUACCUGUGCCAGGACUACGUGCUCAAUGACAACCCCGAGGGGGACCUGAAGCUGUUGCGGAGCUCGCUGCUGGCGGUGCGCGGCCAGCAGCAGGACCAGCCGGCGCGACGCGGGCGCACGCUGCGCUCCACGGCUACGACCCUGAGCCCGGGGGCGGGCGAGGACGCCGCUCCGCCGGGAGGAAAAGCGGCGGCUGCUGGAGGAGCUGGCGAGCGCGCCCCCGCGCAAAAGUGCACGCCUGCUGCUGCACACGCCGCGCCCCACCGUACCCGCGCCCGCGCCUCCCGCGCUCAAGUUGCGUCGCCAGCCCGCCGUGGCCCCGGGCGUCACUGGCCUGCGGAACCUGGGCAAUACCUGCUACAUGAACUCCAUCCUGCAGGUGCUCAGCCACCUCCGCAAGUUCCGCGAGUGCUUCCUGAACCUCGACCCCUGCACCACCGAGCACUUGUUCGCCCACGCCGCGCACCGCAAGGCCCGGCUCUCAGCCCCGGAGCCGCAGGUCAGGAGCGACCGAGCCCAGGCUUGCGGGCGCCACAACCUCUGCUGGAACGGUGGGGCCUCUCUCAGCAGGAGCCUGGAGCUCAUCCAGAACAAGGAGCCCAGCUCCAAGCACAUCUCGCUUUGCCAUGAGCUGCACACACUCUUCCGAGUCAUGUGGUCCGGUCGUUGGGCCCUGGUGUCGCCCUUUGCCAUGCUGCAUUCCGUGUGGAGCCUCAUCCCUGCCUUCCGAGGCUACGACCAGCAGGACGCGCAGGAGUUUCUGUGCGAGCUGCUACACAAGGUGCAGCAGGAGCUCGAGGCCGAGGGUUCUACGCGCCGGAUCCUCAUUCCCUUCUCCCAGAGGAAGCUCACCAAGCAGGUCUUAAAGGUGGUGAACACCAUCUUCCACGGGCAGCUGCUCAGCCAGGUCACAUGUAUAUCAUGCAAUUACAAAUCCAAUACCAUUGAGCCCUUUUGGGAUCUGUCCCUGGAAUUCCCUGAGCGCUAUCACUGCAUAGAGAAGGGAUUUGUCCCUUUGAAUCAGACAGAGUGCCUGCUUACUGAGAUGCUGGCCAAGUUCACUGAGACGGAGGCCCUGGAAGGGAGAAUCUACGCUUGCGACCAGUGUAACAGCAAGCGGCGAAAAUCCAACCCCAAACCCCUUGUUCUGAGCGAAGCUAGAAAGCAGUUAAUGAUCUACACACUACCUCAGGUCCUCCGGCUGCACCUUAAGAGAUUCAGGUGGUCUGGCCGUAAUCACCGCGAGAAGAUUGGGGUCCAUGUCGCCUUUGAGCAGGUAUUAACCAUGGAACCUUACUGCUGCAGGGACAUGCUCUCCUCUCUUGACAAAGAGACCUUUGCCUAUGAUCUCUCCGCAGUGGUCAUGCAUCACGGGAAAGGGUUUGGCUCAGGACACUACACAGCCUAUUGCUACAACACAGAGGGAGGUUUUUGGGUCCACUGCAAUGACUCAAAGCUGAAUGUAUGCAGUGUCGAGGAGAUCGUAGCAUUUGCUGUUGACCUCUUUUGCGAUGAACUGCCAUGGGACCUGCCAGACAGCACUGAGGCAUGGAGGAAAUUCAGACAGAAAAUGGCUCACCCUGAUAGGGAAGGAGUGACUGUGUUUUAAAUUAAACUUGCUUUCUCCAACACUGUGAGGUUUCUGUAAUAUCAGCUUUUAUUUGGAAGCGAUAGCGUAUGGCAUUUUUAUGCUGCUGGGUUUAUAUUGUCUGCUGCAGCCUUCUUUGUGUAAGUGCUGCUUAGGGUCGCCCUCUCCUGGACACUGUUUUAAAGUGUCACAGCUGCUGCCCUGCACUCCCACCGCGUUUCUAGGUUGCUUUGGCUGGCGAUGACUCGUGCUAGGAGAGCCCAUGAACAUAAGGGAGAGUGGAAAGGAAACUGCAAAUCGUGCCUCAUCGUGAAUCCUGUUUAUAAUUCUAGAACGAGAACCUCCAAGAUAGAGAAGAAUUAAUAGAGCACCUGCCUCACCCCUGCACCUGCCCAGGGGGAAAUACUUAUUAUCAUAAAAACAGUAAUUAAAUAUCUUCAAAUUUAAUUUUUAAAAAUAGUUUUAUACCAAAUACUAUAGGGAUUAUUAAGCAGGUUAAGGAUUUUGUAAAGUAAGUGCUUAAUACAGCAGAGCACCCCUGUAUGAAACUGAUAAAACCACUUACAGCGAGUUGGAACAGAAACGAAUAUCUGAGUCCCCUGACUACACCCUUGUGGGUGGCCCCUGCAGCCUGCCCUCAGGUACCAGAAGCAGCAGCACUGGAUGUUGCUAUUAAGUGAGCACUUAGGGAGAUUUUUGUAACAGAAAAGUUGACCGCUGCUUGAGCCAGUGGCCUUUGUGAGGGAAAUGUCCCAUUGCCUUUAUUUACACAUUGGAAGUAGAUGCAUGUCUCAGUUGCAUCUUAUAUUAAAACAUUCUAAAGAGAAUAAAAACCAGAACAGGUACAAGUUGAUUAGCUGCUGCCAAAUGAAGCCCAAGAUCUGCUGAAUCUUCAGGGGCCUGCUUCUCUCCCAGGCGUGUAAUGAAAGUCCCGCUUCAGGAACCCUUGCCCAUUGGCUGGUGUGUUUACUUGCUGCCCUAGCGAGCUGAGAUGAAUGCACCCUGGUCCUCAGCAAUUUCUUACCUCAGUCCAGCCCGACCCUCAGAGUAGUGCUUGCCUGACAGCAGCACCCGUGCCAGCGUGAAAACUUAGGUACGCCCUCGGUGGUGGCAGUGUGGCUCUUGGUCCAGCCCCUCCCGGGCUGGGGCAAGGGCAGUGCCACACUGUAAAGAAUUUCCAGACAUCUCUUCAAAUGUCACGAAUAAAAGGAGAAACUGUACAAGUGUUAAUGUGUCCUAUGGACUCAAGAGCAGAGUUUAUUUUUGUUUUUAACUGUGAGGCUUCUAGAGUCAAUGAUUGUAUCAGUUCCCUGCUCUGGCCGUGCUUGUAGCUCCAUCCAAGUACAAAGGAAGGACCCGUGUGGUGGCCUGGCUGGCAGUGGGGUGUCCCCUAGCAUGAGCCCAAGAGAGGUGACAGUAGUGUGGAAGGAAAACUUGGUUGGGGGUGGGGGGCUAGGGAGGGGUGGGGGGCAGCCAAGGAGGGAGAAAGGGAGUUCGUUUUAUUGAUAAAGCUUUGUGAACUAAUUUUAUACAAUUCAUAAAAUUUGGUGCCUUGUACUCAAUUAUGGUUUGCAUGAAUUGGAAAGAUUAAGGGAAAGGAUUCUUUGUCAUUUCAAGUUGCAAAUGGGUCUAUGUAGUGUUUAAAGGACAUUUAGUAUCAGACUUUUUAAAGCAUUUUGUAUCUCGUGUGAGUGCAAAUUAUUCUUACCAGCAAGUUCUGAAAUGUUAGUGUAGUGUCCAAAUUGUCUAUUUGUGAUUACUCAUCAAAUAGCUGUCUUUCAAGGCAGACUGUGUGCCCUGCUGCUGUUCCUCUCCCCUGUAUGUUCCAAGCGUUAACGCUGGCCUUGUCACAUCAGGCUGGAAGGCUGCCCCUUCCUAAUGUGUACUGUGUCCCUGUCCAGGGUUAUAGCUUAGGAGUGGAAGGGUUGCUUUUCCUGCCAGUUGGAGAGCACAAAUGACCAAAAAGGCCUUUUAGUUUUAUCAAAACGACUGAUACUGGGCAGCUUACAGUAGAAGUCAAACAAAGUGGUCCCUCCUGAUGUGGUCCCUUCAUCGGUUCUAAGUUCUUUUGCACAAGAUACCAGGAAGCGGUGUGGAAACAACCCCCCUGUGUGAACCUUCCUAUUGUAAGGCAAGCCCGUGCAUUAUGUAAUAUGCAAAAGGACUGACAGAAAAGAGAAGCCCCUGGCCACUCUGUGUGCCCUGUCCCAGGGCAGGCGCUGACUGGGCUGGUCAGAGUGGCUGCAGAAGGCCUUAAGGCCUGUUCUUUUAUCCAUCCAAACAAGGUUUCCACUGAGCUCAUGAGACUUCACCAAAGUUCACUUUUCUAAGCACACUUGAUAACUGGGCCCCUCAGCCUGGUUACUGGACACGUUAAGCAGAGAAUUCUGUCUCUGGGGUAAAACUCAUUGCCACUUAAUUUUUACCCAGUAAAUCAGCAUUAAGAAAGCGCCUUCUAAUUAAGACUGUGAGGUUAGUUUGUAUCUUACACGUUUAAUAACCAUUCCUUGGUCUAGGGCUGUGGCUUUAACCUUUAUGUACUCUUUCAACCUACAAUCAUUCUAAUUGCAUCAUAGCUCCUGCAGCAUUGAAGUGAGCUGUCAGUGUGGGCUCUUUCCAUACUUAAACUGGUGUUUCAUUUAAAAUCCAGUGAGCUGCUGGGCGUGGUGGCGCACGCCUGUAAUCCCAGCAUGUGGGAGGUUGAGGCAGGAGGAUCGUUUCGAG